AAUAACAAUUAUAUAAAUAAUAAAAUAUAUCGGAGUUGAUUUAUUUUAUGUUUCAAAGUUAUUGCCAAUAUUAACUGAAUAAAAGACGAAAAUUCACUUUCGAUACCUUUCUUUGAUAGUUUUAUGACUUAUGGUAUGCGCAAGUUAUAAUUUGUCAGAAAAUCGGUUUUUAAUUUAAUAUAAAUAGAGAUGUAUAAAAUUUCAAAUGUGCUAAAUAGAAAAAUAAAAAUAAUUCCUGUUCUGUGUUGUUUUAUAAUAUAAUUUACAUUGUAUUUUGUUAGUGUACAUAAGUAGAUUUAAGGAGUGAAUGUAAUAUUAAAAAGAAUAAUUAUGAGUAGAAGUAGGAAAUCAAAAAUAUCACAUAAAUUGGAAGAAAAUAAAGAUAAGUUUCAAAAGCCGGUACAACAAGGAAAUCAUGAUAAUUCAUCAUUGCAGAUGGAAAAUAAUACAAAGAAUAGUCCAAUAAGAAACUCAAAUGAAACUCAAACUCAUCCUGGUCACAGUACACCAAUACAAAAAAAAUAUUCUAAAAAUAAUAUAGAAGUGUCUCCGGAGCCUUGUUGCAAUCGUAGUCCAAUAUCAAUUCCAUAUACACAAGAUGCCAGCGAAGUUGCCUGGGAUUGGCAAAUUUCAACUGGUUCUGCGAAAAGCAAAACCAAGGAUGAUCAUACUGUUACUACACCUAAACAGGCAAUGCUACUUCAAAAAAAACGUAUUUUAAAUUCUCCAUUAUUGUAUAAACCUUUAAGAAAGAGAUUAAUUAAAGCGGAUAGUGUAGAAAAUGUUGGAAAAUUUGCUGCCGAAUUAAAAGCGUUGACUGAAAAAAUGAAAACUAUACAGCGUAAUGAUGAGGAUUAUAUAGAGAAUGACAUAGACAACAAUAUGGAUGAAGUAGAAAAUUAUGAAGAAAAGAAUCAUGAAGAAAAGGAUCAUGAAGAAAAGGAUCAUGAAGAAAAGGAUCAUGAAGAAAAGGAUCAAUUGGAUGAACUAAUUGUUUCGGAUACAAAUACUUUUGCCAAUAAAGUAAGCACAAGCUUUGAAGAAUUAUUUGAUGAAUCGAUAGAAGAUUCAAUGGUAAAAUGUAGCCAAGAAAUAGAAGAAAAAUUUAAUCUAUGUACAAGCAAAGAGACUAGUACAUUUGACUCAUUCAAACGAAGUAGAGAGAAGGAUACAUUUAUCACAAAAGAAAAAAGUAAAAGUGCAAGUAAUUUAAGUGAAAAUUUAAAGAGCACUUUUUUUUCACAAAAUUCUCCGAUAUUGAAUGUUAGCAAUUUUUGUAAAACAUAUUCUAAGACUACUCCUAAUUGUAAGAAAAAUGUAGAUAUAGAUGUAAAAAGGUUGGAAGCGAAAGAAAGUAAUGUGAAGCAAUCUUCUGUAAAUAAUAAUAUUAUAAAUAAUCAUAAUGAAAAUUUACAAAAUUAUAAAAAUUUAGUAAGACGUAAUAAUGCCGAAUUAUUUGAGAUACCAGAUGAUUCUUUCGAUGAUUGUUUAGCUACUUGUAUAGAAGAUGAUAAAUUAUUAUCUGAAACAACAGAAUAUGAUAAUAUUUUUCCGGACUCAGAUAUUAAACCACAUGAAAAUGAAAGAGAUUAUAAACAUUCUAGUUCAACGAAUAGAAAUGCAACUAAAAAUGUAACAAAAUCAAAUAAUACUGGCUAUAAUUCCAACAGCUGUUGUAUUAAUCAAACUUCUUUGGAUACUUUGGAUAAAUCGAUUCACAAUUCUAAUGUCAAUAGUAAUCUUACCGAAAACAGAAAAUUUUUUAAAACUAGAAGUUUAUCAGAUUCAUAUUUUGGACAUGAAAAAACUACUAAUAUAAAUACAAAACCUAAUACAUCUAAUUCACGUCAAAUAAUAAAACACUCUUCUUCUUCAAAUUUGCCAUCUAAAUUAUAUGUAAAUACUAAUGGUAAAAAUACAACAAAUGGAAAUGUUAAUGCAAACCAAAACAUCAAAUCGAUAAGUGACAUAGAAAACAUGCGUACACUUAAUAAUAGUAAAAUUAUGUUAAAAGAUUCUGAAAUAAAAAAUAUGAGAAAUUCACAGACUAUGGUAUGUACACCUGAAGAAAUAGAAAGAAAACGUUUAGAAGCAAAAAUGAGAUUAGAAGCAAAAAGAAAAAUACAGACAAAUGUUAAACCAGCAAUAACUUCAGAAAUACCAUCAAAGAAGAUACAAAGGUAAAAUAGUGUUAUUUUUUCUAAAUUUUAAACUUUAAAUCUAUCUUCAGUGAAUACUUUGCAAAUUUAUUAUCAAAUCACAUAGUAACAUCAGUUCUAUGAAACUACAGUGCAAAUAUAUAGCGGAUAGAAAUAAUAACAUUUUAACAUUUUACCAUUACAAAGUAUUUCAGUUAAAUAAAUGAAGAAUAUUUUAACAUGUUAUAGUAUUUUUUGUUAUAUUUAUAAAGGGUUACAUUAAUUUUAUUGUUGAUAACUAAUGUUCGAACAUAAAAUUUUUCUGCAAAAA